CCUAAGCGCUUGACAUCCUCUUUUUUGAAGUUUUGCAACACACGGGAUAAAACGGAAGUUUGACAUUAAAUAAAAAAAUUCUACAGAUUUCCUGAACCGCCAGCAGUUCCUAUUCACUAGGUUAUAGACUCCAUCAUCCUAAAAUGGACAAAAAAGAUUCGAACUUGCUUCGGGACUCCUAUAAGUCGAAAGACAUAAGCAUCGAGGAGUCGCAUAUACGCCGCCUUGAGGAGACCAACGCACUGCGCAAGCCCAAAAAGGAUGACCAAAUGCUCAUGCGCCGUAAUAUCUGUGGUAGCGACGAGGAGUUGACCUCGCCGCAGUUGUCCGUUGAGGAGAUCGUGGACGCCAUGAGCAGCCCGGACGAGGAAUACCUGAUGCUGGGCCUGCGUUCCGCUCGCAGUAUGCUGAGCCGGGAGCAUGAUCCACCCAGCGACCAGAUCGCGCCUAUUUGCACCCGCCUCCUGCUGAACGCCAGACCCAAGAGCUUACUGCACUUGGAGGUUGCCUACACCUUGACCAGUAUUGCCAACGGCUACUCCGAUCAGACGCAUUGCCUUAUCAAGUACAACGCCGUGCCACAUUUUGUGACCAUGCUCCAGUCCGAGUGCAUUCUUUUGGCCAAUCAGGCCGUUCAGGCUUUGGCCAAAAUUGCGGGCAACGGAGCCACUGCUCGCGACUGUGUGCUCCGCUACAAAGUGAUCGAUGGCAUCCUCUCUUUGAUUUACAGAGACCUGCCGCUCCUGAUACUUCGUAACAUCGUCUGGUUAAUGUCAAAUCUUUGCCGGAACAAAAACCCCGCACCGCCGUUCCAUCAGGUGCGACGGCUGCUACCCGUCCUUUCGAGCCUUCUCCAUAGCGAGGACGUCCAAGUGCUGGCCGAAGCUUGCUGGGCCGUGUCGUACAUGACGAACUGCGACGAAAGAAACGUGAUCCAGGCCGUAAUAGACGCCAACAUCGUUCCCGGUCUUGUGAGGCUCCUGAAAAUGGAUGAGCCGAGCAUUAAUGAGCCUGCUCUACGCAGCGUGGGCAAUAUUGCGACUGGAACGGAUCAGCAGACCGAUGCAAUCAUUACCUCCGGAGUACUGCCUUGCCUGGGAGUCCUGCUGCAGCACCACAAGGCCUACAUAGUCGAGGAGGCUGCCUUGACGGUCAGCAACAUAACGACAGGCAAUCGCCAACAUAUCCAGGCCAUUAUAGAGGCAGGGCUUUUCGAGCCACUACACCUUGUACUGGAGACGGGGGACUAUAAGGCCCAGAGAGAGGCCGCCUGGGCGGUGACCAACACCCUAACCUUGGGUUCAGCCGCCCAGAUAUUAGAUAUGAUUGAAAGGUAUAAAAUUCUUAAACCGUUCAUAGAUCUGCUGGAAGCCUGGGACCCACCCACCAUAAAUGUGGUAUUGUCGGGCCUGUCCCAGCUGUUCUUCAUCGCCGAAAAGCUUGGUGGUGUUGUUAACCUUUGCCACAAGAUUGAGGAGAUGGGCGCCAUACAGAAGCUUGCAAAGCUCCAGGAGCACAUGCAGGGAGCGGUGCAGGUGAAGGCUUACGCCAUUUUAGAAAGUUACUACAGUGGCCUUGGCUAUUACGAACACGAACCCAAGAUUCGCCGUGGAGGCCGCUUCUUCAAAGCCAUUCGGUCCAAACCCAACGGUGACUUCAACUUCUAAAACUUGGACCAGGAGCAGGUUGUUCAGGCUGUAUGAGUUAGCAACAAUUUUUGUUCAUGAUUUUCAAACGAUGAAGUUUUUCAAACGAU